ACUUUUAGAUUAUAAACGCUUCUCUGAUCUCCAGUUUAACUUUAACCAGAGGAAGUAUGAUAAUCUUUAGCAUAUAAUAUCGCACCAAGCGACAAUAUCAAUGUUGAACAGGAUACCAGCUGUGUAUUACAGGCGUGAUGCUGAAUAAGAUUCGCAAUAUGUGAUAUUUACACAUGGCCACGAAAAACAGGGUGUUAACAUGCAAUCAUGGUGAUCUUUGUUUCCUUUGCACGGGACUACCAUUCCAAAAAUAAAUAAUCUUCCAAAAUGUAAUAUACAUGUGAAAAUGAAUGACAGCCCAUUACUGCUUUUAGUGACUUGGGUAUUUACAUAGGACUUUGAGACCAUCAGAGCAACAAGGAUAUGAGAUGAAAUCUUGGUGUUAUUUAUUUGUGAAGCCGUAGAUUACGACUGUAAAAACACGUCUUGCCCCGAAACGCAUUAUCUUGGGUCAGGGGUGGAGACAUAGGUCAGCGUUAAGCUGGCAGUAUGACAGGCACACCUGUGUGGCACAGGAUUUAAUUGCGCAUCGCUGUUUACAGAGUACGUCCGUACUUGUUAAACAGCGAUGAGCUACGUGACGAGGCAGACAUCUUGCCGUGACGAGGAUCAAGGACGAGCUGGCCACGCCUUCUGGGGUGACAUCUCCUGAUUUUCGUAACUGAUAGAAGGAAAAGGUGUUCUCGUGGACCAAUGGGAGAAGAGUUCUGGCUGUCGUUUUAUAACGUAUUUUACUGGACACGCUGGCACCUUUAGUCGUUCUCACUCAACCAGCACAGCCCGGGCGUGUUUUGGUGAGAACGCAGAGCGGGUCGUGAGUUGGGACAACGAGAAACUCUGCCAAAUUUGGUAUCGACUGGGAAUCAUUUUCUGAGAUACAUCAGACGGAGUCAAAACGACAAACAUGAUGUGGAAAUUGUUGCUGUCCACUUUUGUGACGUUCGUCGCCAUUCGCGGGACAAUUGGCACGGCCGAAAACUGUGAUUCUCCACUGGACUUGUUUUUCGUUCUGGACGGGUCCAGCAGCCUGGGUCCACCAAACUUCAGGAAGGUGAAAGAGUUUGCUGCCACCGUGGUCAGCAAGUUCACCAUAAGCCCGACUGCCACCAGGGUUGGUGUGGUGCAGUACUCUCAUUAUGCCACUUUGGAGUUUAACCUGGGAGAUUAUGACGACAUGCUAUCUACCUUGGCCAAAAUCAACCGCAUUGUUUACCAGAGAGGCGCCACGUACACUAACUGGGGCCUAGACCUCGCUCGUAAGAAGCAAAGUGGAGGGAGGACGAAACUGGCGAACCUGUUCCAAAAGUGAUGAUCGUCUUAACGGAUGGACAGUCUGCACGUGACGUAACGGAGGCUUCUCAGGCCUUGGCCGAGGAAGGCAUCAUUGUCUACUGCAUUGGCGUGGGCAACGUUGACCCAGCGGAACUACUGGUGAUCGCCAACAACGACGCAAGCAAAGUGAUUGCGUUGGACGACUUCAAUGCCCUGGUCGCAGAGAUUGACCAGAUUUCCAUCGUUGUCUGCGAAGUUGCCAUUGAGCGGGCCGACCCCUGUUUCAGCCAGCCUUGCCAGAAUGGCGGUACCUGUAUCACCCUCGAUGAGAACCUCUCCUACGAAUGUCAGUGCCCGCAUGAUUAUGCUGGAAGCCACUGCGAAAUACAUUGCGCCAUCGACGUCGUUUUCGUCGUUGACGCUUCGUCGAGCAUACAAAACAACUGGUUCAAUGUUGCCAAGCAAUUCAUCAUUGAGUUCGACCAAUGCUUCACCGGCCAAGAUAUUGGGCUUGGAGUUAUUACAUACGACUGCGUGCCGAGGACAGCUAUCCCUCUAGGACUCUACACUGCCGGGUACGGCGGUUUUAUGUACGCCAUUGUCCGUGUGCCGUACACAGGGGGCCUCAGCGGAACUGCCAUGGCGAUUAGCUUCAUGACCUAUACGUCCAAUUUCCGUGCCGGGGUGCCCCGGGCAGCGGUCAUCAUUACAGACGGGGAUGAUCAAGACGGCAUGAGCGGAGUGGCUGCCAUGGCUCAAGAUGCAAUGGACGCAGGAAUCACCCUGUACGGCGUGGUUAAUGGUGGAAUCCCAGGCUUUACGAACAUCAAUGCGCUUGAGGUCAUCAGUGGCGGCGCUGACAACGUGUUCAGCAUCCACGACGAUGCCUGCCAAGUCGCCUACCGUAUCCUGGGUGACCUGUACCCAUGCGGUAUGGAGGAUGAAACUCGUUAACAGAUUGACCAUGAUGAAGACACAAGUAAACUCGCACGAAUGAUAUAAAAACAACGAAGAAUGCAUCCUUGAAGAAUAUCUACAAUUUCCAGAUUUAAACUGAGGAAACCAUGUAACCAACAGCAUAAAGUAAUUUCUGAUGCAAGAUAUCAUAAAAUGUCCGAUAUCGCUCGGAAACAUGAAGAAAAAAUAAAAGAUUACUUAAAGGUAAUCCAAAGUAUGUAUAAACCUUAUUACCACAACUGCAUGUCACAUAUGCAUCAUUCAUUGGAUUCAUCAAUGUCCUUAAAGUUCACUAGUACUAUUGUGAAAACAACUAUACAGAGAACAGUGAAACUGUUGGUAUAGGAUUGUUCUAAACUUAUUUUUUUGCUCCCGAAAGUUGGAAAAAAUACAUAUCCUACAUCAAUUUGAGCACAUCUAUAGUUCCUACCAUAGUGUGCCUUAAACAACAGGAAAAUAACACAGUUAUGCCCCAUCACACAAUAAUGACAUUUGGAUCACAUCAAUUAAAGUUUAUCUGAAAGGUAUUGGUUUUAUCUUAAGAAUAGAAUAGAAAGAAUCGAAGGAAUAUAUGGAAGUAAAUCCUGCUUAGUUAUUAAACAGACUAAACACUUUAGUAAUGAUCAGAUAGAAGGUAUAUCUAUGAAAUUUGCAAGUACCUGAAGAAGAUUUUUAAGGGCAUUAAGGUAAAUACAUCACUGCACGUUUUACGCUAGACAUGAAGCAGCAACUGCUCUAUUUCUUAAGGCUAUGAUGGUGGUGAUUUAGAUAUAUACUCAAGGUGUGUACUCUUACGUUUUGAUCUAAGCUAGCUAUAAUACAAAGCGCAUUGGCUCCUAGAGUAACGAAGAAUAUUGUUGGCUUUUGUGAGGUCAAGAAUCCAUCAGCCGUUUAGCAAAACUCCUUAUAAUUGUAAACCAACAUUUCAAGCUGAAAUGUUAGAUACGAUUUAUCUAGAAACUAAAAGUGUUAAUCAACUUUUCUCAACUCUUGAAAUGCUAAUAGUAUGAUGUUCUUUAAACAAUGGAAGUGUUAUGAUAAGUUUAUCAAUAGCUAUAAGUGUUGGUCUCAAUAAUAAUCUUGGAAUUUCAAAUUCGGAUAAUCAAAGUAAACACAAAAUAGAAGCUUUACUGAAAACACAUAUUGUAGUAGACCUGUAUAAAAUCAGGUAAACCUGCAACAUAUAUGAUACACCUACAUUGCAUGCACAGAAUGUAGCAUAUAUCUUUGGCGAGCUUGGAAUAGACAAUAAAAGGUGG